GAAAGACAAUGCACGAGGACAGCAUAUACUGCGUAUCGGUUUGAGAAGAAAAGAAGAAAAAGAGAAUAACGUAACCAACGGCAAAAUGAUACAGAGAGAGUAGGCAGGAGAUCUGCUGGAAGUUUGAAAAUUUUCUAAAUUAUAAAGAGCAGUAUCAGAGAGGUCUCCGUUCUCCUGCCCGAUCAGAUCGGAGUCUCCUUCUAUCGACACAGAAUUUGCAAAUUAGGGUUUUAAUUGCAAAUCCUAUCAUCGCCGUCGCGCGCUUCUCAAUGCCCGCUAUUUAAAAAAAAGAAAUCACGCUAAAACCCCGAUCCGGCGACAACCGCAAUAAUCAUUGCCUACUCUUCCCUUCUGGAUGCUUUUAUAUGUGCGCAUUGGUGCUUCUACGGAUUUGAAUGUGUUGAUUUGUGAUCGGUGUCUUAUGGUAGACAUUGGGGUGUGAAUUUAAGAGGUUAACAAAAUUCUUAAAUUGCUAUGAGGACCCAGAGCCAUUGGACAUAAAGACAUAUUUGGAUUUCAAUGGCUUCGGUUCAGGUAUUGCGCAAGCAAGAGCAUCUGGAAGCUGGGAAGAAGAAGCUAGAAGAGUUUCGGAAGAAGAGAGCCGCAGAUCGGGCAAAAAAGACACCGCCAACUAAUCAAACCCAUCCCUCUGAUGGGGGUUUAGAGAGGCAAGCUCUAGAUACAGAACGAUUACAGCCAGAUUCUGGUGGGGUAGGCACAUCUAAUACUGUUGCGCUAUCAGCUUCAGAGCUUUUUGGAUCCGAUAAAAAGUAUGAUUUCAAGGAAAAUGAUAUUCAACAGAAGACCACCUCUGGUACUUGUGACUAUGCAAGUGCUGGUUUAAAUUCCAAUUAUGAUGUUACCUUCUCCAUCUCAGAGUCCUCUCAUUCUAAAGUUCCGGAGUUUAAAGGCAAUGAUAUUUCAAAAGUGUUGACACCUGAAAAUCAUAGCGAUCAUCACCAAAUGAAAGAUGACCAUGAUAGAGAAGCAAGAAGUUUUGCCUCUGAAAGUGCAUCUGAUCAUUCUGCUGAUAACACUUCACUGCCUUCUUUUUCGAAUAGUGGUAGAGCAUCCAGUAAUUCUGAUUUUGAUGGUCUGUAUAGAACUGGUUCAGGCUCAAAAAAGAGCAGCCUGAAGGAUCUUUCAGCUGUAAAUUCUAGUACUUCUCAUACUUUACAGAAUGAUUCAUUGGAGAAUACUGCUAGUUCUCAUCUGCCAGAGAGGGCUAGUUUUACUGAUCAUUGGGGUCAGACAUUUUCUUCACAUCGAGACUCUAUAUCACCUGUUGCUAGCCUGACUGAUUUUUCUUCACAAGCCGGACAAAAAGAUGGAGCCUUCCAACAUAAUUAUUCUGUUCUUCAUGAUACUGGAUACCGCCAGUUUCGUGGGUCUGCUACUUCUAUUGACAAUAACUCAACUCCAUUGGCACCAGAUGCUGCAUAUGGUGGUUUCCGUUUUGAUGGACAAAGUUCAUAUAAUAAUGCACAAAUUUCUCCUCCGUCAACUGGGAGUGCUGCUAGGAGGCCCCGCUCUUCAUUUCUUGAUUCAAUUAGCAUUUCCAGAGUUUCAGCUGCACACUCUCCUCUCGCUGAGUCAGUGAAUGCUGAUACUUCUAGUUCCAAGGUUCAUCCGUUGGACAAUUUAGGUUCUUCAACUUCUGAGAGAUUUAUGAAUUCUUUGGAUGCAUCUGGUAAUGGGACUGACAUGUUUAAAUAUGCCUUCGCUAAGUCCGUGGAGACCAACCAUAGCAUUCACCCACAUAACCAAAACGAAGACUUUGCUGCACUAGAACAGCAUAUAGAAGAUUUAACUCAAGAAAAGUUCUCUUUGCAACGUGCUCUUGAGGCUUCACGAACGUUAGCAGAGUCUUUAGCUGCUGAAAAUUCAGCACUGACAGAUAGUUAUAACCAACAGGGAGGUGUUGUUAAUCAGCUAAAAGCUGAUAUGGAGGCUUUGCAGGAAGAGAUUAAAGGAAAUCUGGCUGAACUUGAGGCUGUGAAGGCAGAAUAUGCUAAUGUCCUGCUUGAAUGUAGUGCCGCUGAUGAACGCUCAAAGCUUUUGGCAUCUGAAGUGAUUAGUUUGGAAGAGAAGGCACUUCGGCUGAGAUCUAAUGAGCUUAAAUUGGAGAGAGAGAUGGAAAAAUCACAAGCCCAAGUUUCUUCUUUCAAAAAGAAAAUAGCUAGCCUUGAAAAAGAACGUCAUGAUCUCCAUUCAACUGUUGAUGCUUUACAAGAAGAAAAGAAGCUGUUGCUGUCAAAACUACGUAAAGCUUCUGCUAGUGGCAAAUUUGGCGAUACUACCAGGAGUUCACCUAAUAAAAUAGACGUGUCAACGUCAACACAGGAUCUGGAUAACAAUGAAGGUGUGACUACUGUAAUGGAUGAUCCAAACCUGGGAGAUCAGGCAGCUGCUUUUAGUGCUGAGGCCUCCAAUUCUUUUCUUUUUGAUGGCGGACAACUCAGUUUUGAAGGUUCACCAGUGUCCAUUCCUCCUGAUCAGAUAAGAAUGAUCCAAAACAUUAACAUAUUAGUCUCUGAGUUGGCAUUGGAGAAAGUAGAGUUGAUGAAAGCCUUUUCUGCCGAAUCAUCUGAAUGCUCUAAACUUAAGGAGAUAAACAAGGAGCUAACAAGAAAACUUGAAGCUCAAACACAAAGAUUGGAGCUCUUGACUGCUCAGAGCAUGGCACCUGAUAAUGUUCCUUUAAGACAGCCGGAUAGGCCUUUCCAUGAGAAUCCUACGACCUAUGCAGAUGAGGGUGAUGAGGUGGUUGAAAGAGUAUUAGGGUGGAUCAUGAAGCUAUUUCCGGGAGGGCCAUCUAGGCGAAGAACCAGCAAGCUUCUUUAGUAGUUGCCAUUAAAGACAGACUCCUCCCUAAUAUAUAUCUCAUCCUUGUAAUUUUUGCCAGGCAAAAGUUUGUAAUUUUGCGGCGACACAUACAGACCAUUCUUUUUUUCCCUAUAAGAAAUUCUUUCAGAAGAUUACACAUUGGAAGAUGGGAGUGGCAAUAAAGGUCUCACCUCAGGUGUGCAUUUUUUCAUGUGGAACUACGAAGUCAUGGGAAUGUGAGAUAUGGGUCGAAUCAAAAGAGCCAGCCUGAGAGUGAAUGCAGAUCAUUAUGUGUUAAAAUGUACUAUAGACAACAAUAUACUUCAUGAAUCUCAAGUGAAAGAAAAUCCAUUUAUCUUAUCAUUUGCAGGAGUAAUGCGUCUUUGUUCUGCCAAAUACGUGUAUGCUUAUAGAGCAUUGCAUAGCAUAGAAAAUGAAAGUACACAGAUGCGCGUGGCAUUUUAGGAAUUGUAUAAAGCAAUAAAUGAUUUUAUUCCAUUUGUUCCUUAUAUAUUCAAGUUAACCGAAGUCCAACAGUGCA